AUGGAUCCCGUCAACACAGAAGCAUCAGAAACCAUAAGCCAACAACCUCCCAAGACACGUAUACUCCGUGUAACUCUCAUUAGAAAAGUAUUAAACAGUCCAAGAGACAAAUAUAAUAAAGUUGUAGAAGCUAUUAGAGAUAUAAAACAAUCUUGGAGAGGUUAUAUCAAAUGCAAAGACUACACCAUUAAAGAGCUUGAAGAUGGGAUUUUGCGUUUCAGUUUUAAGUAUUCAUAUGACAAAGAAUGGGCCAUGGAUCUGGACAUAUUUCAUACUAGUCCAUUUUGGAUUCAAGCUCAUGGUAUUCCUCCUGAGUUGAUGUCUCUGGAACUGGGUUUUGAUAUUGGGAAAGUAGUAUUUGGUGCUGAAGCUGUGCGAGUUGAAGUGGAUCGGGAUGAUAAUGACAAUGCUAUUUUGAGGAUUAAGGCUAUGGUUAAUGUGAAGAAAAGAUUGGUUGGUGGGUGUUGGUUAUGUCUUCCCAAGAAUGAAGAUGGUGUUGAUGAUAAGUUGUUGUGGGUGCCUUUUAAGUAUGAGAAAUUAUCUUAUAAGUGUUUCUCUUGUGGUAGUAUUUGUCAUUCAGCCUUUAGUUGUUGGAAUGAUAGUUUGAUUAGUACAAAUGUAAAUAAAAAGCUAGACUAUGGUGAUAUCAUUGUUAGUUAUAAUGGUGGUGAGAAUGAAAAGCCAAUGUUCAAGAGGCAUUUUGCUAAUCAUGUUAAUGGAUAUGUGAAUGGUAUUUUCUUUUUGAUGAUCACUCAUGACAAAGCCACUGGAAAAUCACAUUUUGUGGCCAAGGAUUCCUUUACAUAUCCAGUGUUUCAGGGUCUUGACAGUAGUUUUCACUCAUAUAGUUUAUCUGAUAUUCAUGUCUCAAGUUGGGAAGUAGAAGAAGCAGCAAAAGCCAUGAGUGGUGCUCUAAUUCUUCUCCCUUCAGCUCCGAUUCCUUCAAAACCCUUCACAGUCUCUUCUGCUUCUACUUCUUCUUCAUCUUCUUCUACUUCCUUUUCUCUCUUCAGAAACUCAUCUCUCUCAUUUCAGCCUCUUAAAUCAUCAAUUAAAAAACCAUCCACUUUCCGUGAUUUGAGGGUUAGAGCUGAUGAUGGAGAUGCAGAUGGAGGAGGUCCAGAUGAUUAUGAUAUGGAAGAUGAAGAAAUGGAAGAAGUUGAUAACAAAAAAGAUUACGAUGUAGAGUAUGAAAAUCUUCUUACUGUUUCACCCUUUUCUACUUCUUCUACCGGUGGGGAUGAAAUUGAAAUGUCUGAACAGAGUAAGAGCUUUGUUUCUACACAAGGUUGGGAUUCUGAGAUGGUUGUUGAUUAUAGGAUUAACGAACAAGAAUUCCAUAAGAUUUGUUUACUAGAGUGUGAUUUUUUCAUUAGGAAACCUCCUGAUCCUGAUAAUGAUGUCUAUGAUUUCCGUGAGAUGUAUGUAACGCCUCCAGAUACAGAUGUUUAUUCAAUCCCUAGGGUUUUAGCACCAAUGCCACAGAAGUAUAUUCGAUGUGCAAAAAGCGAUUAUGGAUGCUACAAUGUGACUGAGCCUCCAAUUGACGCACCUCGUGAUCCAAUGUACAAGUCAGAAAGGGAAAUUGCGAAGGUUUUCUUAUCAAAACACUACAGAAAUAGGAGAUCAGGUGACCCUGAUUUCGUUGUUGAUUUUGAAGAAAUCUACGUUAUCGACUCAAAGACAAAGUCAAUCACCAGAGCAAAAGUUCUGGUUACGGUUCCAGGUGGACGAGAUAGAGAUAGGAAGAACGACAUGCUUAUCAUACGCGACAAUGGGAACUCUUUCAAAAUUAUUGAUAGGAGUGAAAGGGCUGACCCAACCACAGUUAUAGAAAGAGAAGAAUGGAUUAAAACUAGGCAAGAUAUGGAGAGACACCUGCGAAAGCUUCGAGACUUCAGUGUCUCAAACUGGUUCUAAUUGCCAAUGGAGUUCGCAAGUCUGUUGUAGAAAAAGCUUGGCGUAAAUUGAGAUUCGCUGCUGUAAAGGAUGAAGACACUUGUAUGCUUAUCUAGAAUUAUCUGCUAUAUAACGAAGUGUGCUAGAAGUGCAAACCUUUGCUCUCUAUUCCAAGUGAAGUUGGUUGUUAUUUACUGAGCUGUUGUACCGUCAUCAUUGUAAUGUAGUAAUUAUAGGUAGCUUCUUAUACACUUCCAGAGAAGUGUUUAUCCUAGGAAGUUUUGGUGUGUCAAGCGUAGAAUAGUGCUUUCCCUUGAUUGUAUUGGGAAGAGUAGGUGAUAGCAUCUUUGUUAAAACGAUGUGU